GACCAUUGGGUGGGACAGGUAACCUGUUGAAUGUGAAGCGACAGCGCAAAGAGUCCCAUCGGCACUAGGACCGUGUUGGAUCGUCCACUCUUCUAGAGAGUGUCUGUGAUCACUGUCCACGACAGACAAGUCAGCCAUCCUCACAAGGAAGCGAAGAAGCACCGUGCAAAUAUAAUAGUUUGCGAAAGACGUUGUGUUUUUUUGUCGUGGUACUUGCUUUCCUUUCCAUAGGUUGUGAAGAUGGAUCGUUUCAGUGGUAAAGAAACAUCGGCUAGGCAGCAGACACCUGCAAACAAGAUUUGAGUCGCGAGCAGUGUUAUAAUGUUCAGCGCAGUCAACACUAUGACUGAUGGGGACUAUGAUUACCUCAUCAAGCUCCUGGCUCUGGGGGACUCUGGAGUAGGGAAGACUACCUUUCUAUACAGAUACACGGACAACAAGUUCAACCCCAAGUUCAUCACCACAGUGGGAAUAGACUUCAGGGAAAAGAGAGUGGUGUACACAGCGUCGGGCCCCAAUGGAACCACAGGGAAGACCUUUAAAGUUCACCUCCAGCUCUGGGAUACAGCUGGACAGGAGAGGUUCAGGAGUCUGACCACAGCAUUCUUCAGAGAUGCCAUGGGCUUCCUGCUCAUGUUUGACCUCACCAGCCAGCAGAGCUUUCUCAACGUCCGCAACUGGAUGAGCCAGCUGCAGGCCAAUGCGUACUGUGAGAACCCAGACAUGGUGUUGGUGGGCAACAAGGCAGACCUGGCGGACCAGAGAGAGGUGCAGGAGGAGCAGGCUAAGGAACUAGCCGACAAGUACGGGAUCCCGUACUUUGAGACGUCAGCAGCGACGGGGUCUGAGGUGGACAAGGCGGUCAUCACUCUGCUAGACCUGGUCAUGAAGAGGAUGGAGCAGUGUGUCGACAAGCCCACCGCCGAGCCCGCCAACGGGGAAGGAGCCACCAAGCUGGAGGACGCUGCGCCUGACCAGAAAAAGUGUGCAUGUUAGACUUGGCCCCUCCCACGUCCCCUUCUCCCUACUCUGAUUGGUGCUCUAGCACCCCCUCUGGUGGCCAGACACAGAAGUGCAGCAGCAUUAUGACAGCGUGACGUGUGAGGGGGCAGCUCAGUCAGCCACACUGCAAUGGCUCUGUAGUGCUGGCCUUGCACGGCCUGUGUGUACUGUGCUGGGCCUGACUAUAUGUCUCUCCAGUCCUGUCCUGUGUUGCGUCUCAAAUGUCACUCUGUUCCCUAUUACAGAACUCCCCGAGUGGCACAGCGUUCUGAGGCACUGCAUCUCAGCACUAGAGGCGUCAUUACAGACGCCCUGGUUCGAUUCCCGGACUGUAUCACAACCCGCCGUGAUCGGGAGGUCCCAUAGGGCGGCACACAAUUGGCUCAGCGUCGUCCGGGUUAGGGUUCGGCCGGGGGGGUGUUACUAAAAGGUCAAAUAAAGAUUAGAUAAAUAUAGUGCAUUACUAGUCAUACAGUAUGAAUAGGGUGCCAUUUGAGACAAGAGUCUGGCCUACCAAGAGAGUCUGGCCUACCAAGAGAGUCUGGCCUACCAGAGGCCUAUGCUUUAUAGGACUUUAUAUCCCAAUGUUGUUUACAUGUGUUUGUCCAAUCUAAUCUACUGCCUUGGCUGUUAAGGCCCUAUCCAUAUUACAGUACCGAUAUUACAGGAUAUUAAUAAAAACAUGUGACCAGUUAUUUAUAUAUGAUUUAUAUUUCGUUUUUUUGUGUAUUUUAAAUAUAAGUUCUCAUUUUAGUUUUUUUGUUUUUUUAAAUGUAUUUUUAGUUUUAGAAUAAAUUAUGGUUCCACACAUUAAUUUGAAUGCCCAAAUAACAGUAGACAAUAAGAGUGUCUAGCUAGACAAUAACAGUGUCUAGCUGAACAAUAACAGUGUCUAGCUGAACAAUAACAGUGUCUAGCUAAACAAUAACAGUGUCUAGCUAGACAAUAACAGUGUCUAGCUAAACAAUAACAGUGUCUAGCUAGACAAUAACAGUGUCUAGCUAAACAAUAGCAGUGUCUAGCUAGACAAUAACAGUGUCUAGCUGAACAAUAACAGUGUCUAUCUAGACAAUAACAGUGUCUAGCUCGACAAUAACAGUGUCUAGCUAGACAAUAACAGUGUCUAGCUGAACAAUAACAGUGUCUAGCUAAACAAUAACAGUGUCUAGCUGAACAAUAACAGUGUCUAGCUAAACAAUAGCAGUGUCUAGCUAGACAAUAACAGUGUCUAGCUGAACAAUAACAGUGUCUAUCUAGACAAUAACAGUGUCUAGCUCGACAAUAACAGUGUCUAGCUAGACAAUAACAGUGUCUAGCUGAACAAUAACAGUGUCUAGCUAAACAAUAACAGUGUCUAGCUGAACAAUAACAGUGUCUAGCUAAACAAUAGCAGUGUCUAGCUAAACAAUAACAGUGUCUAGCUAGACAAUACCAGUGUCUAGCUGAACAAUAACAGUGUCUAGCUAAACAAUAACAGAGUCUCGCUAGACAAUAACAGUGUCUAGCUAGACAAUAACAGUGUCUAGCUAAACGAUAACAGUGUCAAGAUAAAUGUGCAUAAAAUACAGUAACAACUUUAUCAUAUUGUAAUAUCAGUCAGGAAAAUAUAUUGCCAAAGCAGAAAAUCUAAUCUAUUGAUAACUGCUGUUGGCCUGUUUGUCUGUGUGCCAAAAUCACCUUCACAUUUUCCUGUAGUCCCGGGGCAGGAUUGUCUGUCUGUCUGUGGUUGUUACCAAGGGCCUUUGACAUUCCCAGCUACUAAUCUCAUGUGACAGACUUUAACAAUAAAUCUAGCUAGUUAGCUAGUGCACUCGA